AUGCAGGUUAACGGAGGGUUGGGAAGCCUCCUCAUUCACACACACACAUCUACCGGCCAUGUCCAGACCCUAUCAUUAUUUCUUUAAAGUUGUGCUCAUUGGGGACGCUGGGGUCGGCAAGAGCAGUUUAUUGACCAAAUUCGAGGAGGAUACGAGCCGCAAGGAACCCUUCGUGUCGACGAUUGGUUUCCCAUUCCGAGUACGUGACGUAAAGUUUGGCAGGAGAACAGUAAGGUUGCAACUGUGGGAGGCGGGCUGGGACACUCCCUCCGCCACCAGCAGCGACCCCGCCAGGAGCCCCAGGGGCGUCCUCCUCGUCUACGACGUCACCCACGAGACCAGCUACGACAGUGCCCAACGCUGGUUAUGGAGGCUACGGGAGCAGGGAGGAUUCGGCAAGAUGGUGGUGAUGCUACUUGGGAACAAAGGACACUACCAAGGGGAUGAUAGACAGGUGACAUGGCAAAGAGGGAAGGAGCUGGCAGACGAGGCUGGUAUUAAAUUUCUCGAAGUGUCUGACGUGACAGGGACCAAUAUUGAGCAAGCUCUGGUCAGCAUCACCAGUGCUAUCUUAGCUAAGGAGACAAAUGUCAUAUCAAGUGCCAAGCCUUCCGUGUUCUGUUCCUUACAAUGACCAUGACUGAACUUGCCUUGGACAAGCCUUCUGGGAACCUGUUCUGCACUGUACUACAUUCAUCAAGUAUUCCAGUGACUUACUCGGCUUUUAGCAAGUUUUCCAAUGGUCUGCUAUUUACAAAAGUGCACAAAUGAUGUCAUAGUAAAUUUACUUGACUUAUGAACUCUGUUCUUGACAAAAAUAGUUGAAGAGGUGUAUUCUUCAGAUACCAAUGCAAACUUUUUUCCCCCCCUUCCUUUAUUCCCUUUGUAAUUCUAGUAUCCUUUGUAUUUCUCCAUACUGUACAGUACUUGUAUAAAAGUUAAUUUUAUUAAUUUUUUUUUAGUUUAGUUGCUGUUUCUUGGAUGCUAAAGUAGAUGUGGCUAAAUAACAGCAGUUUUAUUAUGUAGAAGUCUGGUGUGACUGCAGGAUCAAGUUGCAUAAUUCAUUUAUUCAUAAAGACAAGAAAACAGCUAGUUGUGCAAUUUUCAAGGACCUAUAUUAGUUUACCAGCACAAAACUAUUGUACAGUAUACACAUAUUUGCUGAAUUUCACCAAUGAUUGCCACAAAUCUGAUAGGAUUAAUAAUAAAAUAAAGGUCAUGACUUAAUUUAAUUAUAGGAACACCACUAUUGUGAAUAAAUUACAUUUUUUACUAA